CGAAGAGCGAGUUUCGAGUCUUGUUUACAUCCUUUCGCUUAUCGAGACAUCAUUAAGAGAUUUUUUUCCUAUUUAGUUUUAUAUCUUAUUAGUACACGUGUACCCCGAUAAUGAGGACGUAAGACCUUGCUAUUGGUACAAAGUAUCAUCAGGGUAAACGCUUUCCAUUUGGAGACAGUGAGACUCUGAGCUGGAGACUCGAGUAAUAACUUCGGUUGCAAACAUGGCUUUGAAGUUUUAUUACGAUUUGAUGUCGCAGCCCUCACGUACAGUGUACAUGUUUCUUAAACUUAAUAAGAUUUCUUUUGAAGACAAAAAGGUUGCACUUAGAAAAGGGGAACACAGGACAGAAGAAUUUGCCAAGAUUAACCCUUUGCAACUAGUUCCUGUAAUCGAUGAUAAUGGAUUCAUUUUAACAGAAAGCAUAGCUAUUGUGGAAUACCUGUCAAGUACAAGGAACACACCUGACCACUGGUAUCCUCGGUCAGACCCACAGAAACGAGCACGUAUCAAUGAGUACUUGCACUGGCAUCAUCUCAACACUCGACUUGGAUGUUCUAUGGUCAUCCAGAAUCUGUUGAUCAUACCUAGAGCGACUGGUAACCCCGUGAACAUGGGCAAAGUAAACUUCUUCCGACAGAAGGUGAGGGAAGUGGUGAAACACCUGGAGGAAUACUACCUGGCGAAGACGCCGUUUUUGUCCAGUGACGUCAUAACCAUAGCGGAUCUUUUCUGUGCCUGCGAGCUGCAGCAACUGUACCCGGUCCUGGAGGAGGGGCUGUACGAAAGCAGCGCGGUUGUGACGGCCUGGAUGGCGCGCGUGCGGAAACAGACCAACCCCUUCUUCGACGAGGCGCAUCAGGUCGGGCGGCAGGUUCGCGUCAUGUAUGAGAAGAUCAAGGCCCAGCUGUGAUCAAAGUUGUCCGAAUGUUUACAAAUUAUGGCGUCGUGUCGAAAACUUGCUUUUGUUACUGUUAGAGAUUACGUGACAGACCGAUAGCGUGUUUGUUUAUGAAGAUGGAAACGUGCAACGAGCCUUUUCUGAUAUUCAAGAUUUUUUUGUGGCUGCGAAAAAUCACCAUAUCAACCUCUAAAGAUCAUUCCUUAGUGCUUCACCUCGGGGCAAAAUUCAACUUUCCAGCGUUCCUGGAAACUGAAUCCAUUCUGUCAUUUUAGUCUCCAAGCCUGGAUUGUACUUUGGUUGGAAAACACGUAUGAUUCUGACAAUAAUUCUUUGUAUUAAUGAAUCGCUUAAUAGCUGUUUGGACCUCAAUGGAAAGUCUAUAGAGGUUUUUAGGGGACCUCGCCUUUGUUGGCUCAUAUGCAUUUAUCUUACAUUUCCCAGGAAACCAAAAUAAGUCAAGGGAAUUCACCGUAACAUCAGGUUUUGUCACGUGAUUAGAAGGCGGACGUAUUGUUAAGGUCAAAGGCGGAAACGUGUGGUCUAAAGGGAACGUGUACACACAACGAAAAUCAAACCAUUUUUAUUGGAUGAAGCCAGACAGCAUUUCCAUCGGCGGCUUAUUUUGUGCAGAAGAGUGGGAACAGCAGCACAGCUAAAUGUGGCUAGGAGCUCAAGGGAUUUAUUCCAUUAUGAAUAAAAAAAAGGUUGAUUUAAAAAAUUAAAUUUCAAGACAAAUCUCCUGUAAAAUACAAUAAAUUUCUACUGCUCAUUCAAAUUUGAAUCAACAAAAUUUUAAACAAGGUAAUAUACCGUUUUGCUGCAUUUAUGUUGUCCAUUGUCAGUUUAAUUGAAUUGCAGUUCAUUCUUGUCUAUGAUUAUGAUUUUUCAGCUAGCUAAACAUGUCUUAUAUAAUAAGUGAGAUCAUGCCGACAUACAAAAAAAUUCUUUUUGCAUAUUUGUGCUGUUUGAUUGGUCUGUGAACAUAAAAGCAUCAAGAAAUAUUUCUUUAAAUUUAAAAAAUAUAUUUAAUCAGAAUAAAUUUGAUUAUACAGUU